CAUCACGUGGUACAGGGUCAGGGAUUAAGCCCCACCCCCAUCCCCCCUGUGACGUGACGUCACGUGGAGCUGGCGGUGGGAGCUGUUUUGGGGACGGUCGUGGGCAAUUGUUGUCUCGUCAUUGCACUGCCCCCACCCCCGUCACCGGCGGUUUGUCGACGGGGAUUAUGGAGCCGUUGUCGCCGUGACAGCUGUCCCGCGUCACGGUAAAUAUGAAUUUUACAACGGUCGUGGCCGUGCCCGGUGAUUUUGCAGACUGCACCGGCAUCGUCUUCUUCCUGGAGCCAACGUUUCACUCCCGCAAGGCCUUUUCUUCUUCUUCUUCUUCUUCUUCUUAUUAUUAUUAUUAUUAUAUCCCCCCGCCCCACCGUGUCUUUGUUUACAUUAGCGAAGGCCGAGUCGUCGUCGAAUCAAGAACGCAUGAGACCCGUUUGUUUUUGUGGCUCGUCAUCAUUGUAUGCUAGCGGUAGCCGAAGCCUUGUCGUCUGCCUUGUUGUUUUGUUUUGUUGUUUUUUUUUUUUUUUUUUUUUUUUUUUCUUUCCAGCUAAACUACAAGUAUGGCCGAGCAAGACCUUUGUCCCCACCUGGACUCCAUCGGGGAGGUGACGAAAGACGACCUCCUCGUCAAAUCCAAGGGAACCUGUCAAUCAUGCGCCGUCGGGGGGCCGAACCUGUGGGCUUGUCUUGAGAAUGACUGCCCGUAUGUAGGCUGUGGGGAGUCGUACUCGGAUCACAGCACGCUGCACGCUCAGGCCAAGAAGCACAACCUGACGGUCAACUUGACCACGUUCAGGAUCUGGUGCUACGUGUGCGAGCGGGAAGUGUUUCUAGAGCGGAGGCCCCCCCCGGGUCCCGGCGCCCCAGGGCCCCCCCACCACCCCUGCGGCGCCUCGGAGCAGGAAGCGGCGGCACCGGCGCCGCCCGGUCACCCGCUGAAAGCGGUGCCGAUCGCCAUGGGGGAAGAGGAGGGCUCCGAAUCCGAGGAGGACGAGCUUAAACCCAGAGGUUUGACGGGAAUGAAAAAUAUUGGCAACUCGUGCUACAUGAACGCGGCUCUUCAAGCGCUGUCCAACUGUCCUCCCCUCACUCAGUACUUCCUGGACUGCGCCGGGCUGGUCCGCACCGACAAGAAGCCGGCCCUCUGCAAGAGCUACCAGAAACUCAUCUCAGAACUCUGGCAUAAAAAACGGCCCAGCUACGUGGUCCCGACCCAUCUUUCCCACGGCAUCAAGCUGCUGAACCCGAUGUUUCGCGGUUAUGCUCAGCAGGACACCCAGGAGUUCCUCCGCUGUCUGAUGGACCAGCUCCACGAGGAGCUGAAGGAGCCGCUGAUGGAGUGCGUCGGCGGCAGCGGCGAAAGCAGCGACGGCGAGGAGAGGCUCGACGGCGAGCGCUCGCCCGCCGAGGACGACUUCCUCUCCUGCGACUCGGGCUCCAACAGCGAGGCGGGGAACUGCGGCGGCGGCGACGGCGAGGCGCCGCCGCAGGGCGAGCGCGACGUGGCGGACGGCCCCCUGGGCGGGGGGAUCUCUGAGAAGGAGAGGCUGAAGGACAGGCGGGUGUCCGGCUCGCCCCUUCGCGGGCCCUCGCAGGACAUGGACGAGGACGCCGACGUGGACACGGCCGUUUCCCAGGCAGCCGACGGUGAGGAGGACACGGCGCAGGAUGCCGAGGGCCAACGGCGAGAGAACAACCAAAGACAGGAAGGAAACGCCAUCUUGCAGGCGGACAACGAAGCGACGACGCCCUGCCCGCAAUCCACCCCCUGCAGUCCCGUGAGAAACCUCCAGGAGCUUCACGCCAAGCUGGCCUCCACGCCGCCUCGCUCCAGCCCGUUGCGCUCCGCGGGGGCCUCGUACCCUUUCAAGAAAGCUCAGUUGCUGCUGAGCUCCAGGAAGAAGAAGCACUCACACUACCGCAGCGUCAUCUCCGACAUCUUUGACGGCUCCAUCCUCAGCCUGGUCCAGUGCCUGACUUGCGACAGGGUGUCGACCACAGUGGAGACCUUCCAAGAUUUGUCUCUGCCGAUUCCCGGGAAGGAAGACUUGGCCAAGCUCCACUUGUCCAUCCACCAGAACCUUCCCGUCAAGACCAACGUGUGUCCCGACUCGUACGGCUCCCAGGGCUGGAUCUCCUUCAUCAUGGACUCCAUCCGCCGGUUCGUGGUCUCGUGCAUACCCAGCUGGUUCUGGGGGCCCAUGGUGACCUUGGAGGACUGCCUGGCCGCCUUCUUUGCCGCCGACGAGCUCAAAGGAGACAACAUGUACAGCUGCGAGAGAUGUAAGAAGUUGAGAAAUGGUGUGAAAUAUUGCAAAGUGCUCCGACUUCCAGAGAUCCUGUGCAUCCACCUGAAGCGCUUCCGGCACGAGGUGAUGUACUCGUUCAAGAUCAGCAACCACGUCUCCUUCCCGCUGGAGGGCCUGAACAUGCGACCGUUCCUGGCCAAAGACAGCCCGUCCCAGGUCACCACGUACGAUCUGCUCUCCGUCAUCUGUCACCACGGCACCGCCGGAAGUGGGCACUACAUCGCUUACUGUCAGAACGUGAUCAACGGCCAGUGGUAUGAAUUUGAUGACCAGUACGUCACCGAGGUCCACGAGACGGUGGUGCAGAACGCGGAAGCUUACGUGCUCUUCUACAGGAAAAGCAGCGAGGAGUCCGUGCGGGAGCGGCAGAAGGUCGUCGCUCUGGCCAGCGGCAAAGAGCCCAGCCUGCUGCAGUUUUACAUCUCGCGAGAGUGGCUCAACAAGUUCAACACCUUCGCCGAACCGGGCCCCAUCGCCAACCGCACCUUCCUUUGUCACCACGGAGGCAUCCCUCCUAAUAAAUACAACUACAUCGACGACCUGGUGGUUAUCGUGCCGCAAAAUGUGUGGGAGUACCUUUACAACAGCUUCGGCGGCGGCCCAGCGGUCAACCACUUGUACGUGUGCGCCAUCUGCCAGGUGGAGAUCGAAGCGCUCGCCAAGCGCAGGAAAGCAGAGAUCGACACGUUCAUUAAGCUGAACAAAGAGUUCCAGGCCGAGGAGGCGCCCGGCGUCAUCUUGUGCAUCGGCAUGCAGUGGUUCCGAGAAUGGGAGACCUUCGUCAAAGGCAAAGACAACGAGCCUCCCGGUCCCAUCGACAACAGCAAGAUCGGCGUCAUAAAGGGGGGGCACGUUCAGCUCAAGCAAGGCGCAGACUACGGUCAGAUUUCCGAGGAGACGUGGCAGUACUUGCUGGGGAUCUACGGCGGGGGUCCCGAGAUCGCGGUGAGGCAGACGGCGGUGCCGCCCGACCCCGACGGCCUGCACGGCGAGAGGAAGAUCGAAGCCGAGACCAGAGCGCUCUGACCUCGUCCGAGCGCCUUCCCGUUCCCUCCCACACAAGACGAGGAAUUUUGCACCCGGACGACGCGACCGUGAGUAGACUGGAAACGUGCCGGACUGCAUCUGGUUUUCUAUCGCGAGGUGGGAUUCCCACGAUGUCACCGUGGCUGCGGACCACAGGCAACUCCGCCGAGACACAUGACAUGUUUUGUCCGCUCAUUAUCACCACUGCUUAUUUAUGGGUCUCUUAGCAACCUGCGACCACAACAAAAGCAUUGGAAAUCCCGCUUCAUGCGCUCGCAAAAGAAAAGCAGAGGUGGGAAAAGUACUUCUUGAGAAGUACAGGCACUUUUUUAAAUCUUGAGAAAAAUGUCAAACUACAACAAAAAAAAGGAGAAAAAUCUGAAAUGGAGUUAAGUGCAAAAUUCAAAAUCAAUAUUUACUGGCAAUUGUAUUCGAUAUUUGAGAAGUUGGCACAACAUUGGAAAAAAAAAUAAAAAAAACAUCCCAAAAUACCGUCAUUUCCGGCCUACAGAGCGCACCGGAUUAUAACCUUCACCCAGUACAUUUAGCUUAGCUUAACAUAGCAACAACACGAUAGCACGAACAGGGCUGGUUAAAAAAAAAAACAUACCGGUAAGAAAACAGCCGCGGCACCUACACAGUUGCAACAAGGUAGCACAGCACUAAAAGAGCCGGUUAAAAAAAAAAAAAAAAAAACAUACCUAAAUCACUGAGACGCGGCAGAAACACGCUAGCACCGCACUAACACUAGCGUGGCGCUAACAGGGCCGGUAAAAAAAAAAACCAUACCGGUAAAAAUCACUUAGACAUUGCAGUAAUACAGCAGCAACACACUAACACAGCGCUAGCGCAGCGCUAACAGGGCCGGUUAAAAAAAAAAAAAAAAAUACAACAUACCGGUAAAAGUCAGCUCCUCAGCACAUAUAUUCCACUGGUCUCACUCUUACCUUUUCCGCUCCAGUGCCCCCUCGUGGCCAUUAGAAGAAAAAAAAAAUGCACAAAUUAGCCGCGUAAGCCGCAGGGUCGAAAGCUAAAGUUGCAGUUUAUGGGCCGGAAAUGACGGUACUUUCCCCUCCCUUUUGACGUGCAGGCUCAUUCGGAGAUGAAAAGAACUUGAUACUGUGACAGGACUGGGCCCACCUGUUCCGCAUGAGUGAAACACUACACAACACACGCUAAAUGCUCUCCAUAAUUGUGUAGCACAAGGUGUUUCCCUUCAGCCUAGCCUCAUGCUAACAUAUGAGCCGAAACAGCAUAGCCGGGCUAGAUGCUACAGUAAUGAUAAGUCUUCAAACAACAAAAGAGAAUCAAACAUUUUCGUGUAGAAACCGAAAGGUUCAACCAAAUUCCUAUUUUUUCGUGUAGCGGAAGUCCGCUAGCUUAACGCUAACGUGUGACGCGAAGUCCCACAGGCAUGCUUGCGAAAAUUGGCCUCGAAUUCCAAUUCUGCUUUGCGGGCAAAUUGGCCGAUUAUCGGCGCUUCGUAGGGGGCCUUCUCGGGCCAAACGGGCGACAAAGCGGGUCAAGAUAUGAAUUGUGCUGUGCUUGGUGUGUGCCAGUAAUUGACGAAAGUACUUCAGUAGUACGCUGCGGUGCGGUGCCGCCAUUUUGACACGUGCUCACGUGUGUUGUUGGCCGUGUUCGACGCGCGGAAAUGAUUUUCCCAUUUCACCAGCGUGUUAGUGGCGCCUGCGACGCUUUGAAGUUAGCGAGCGAAAUGUCGUGACGUGCGUACGCGUGAUGUGCUGAUGACUCAUGGUUAAAUUAUUAAAUGUGAUAUUUAAUGACA